AUGCGUCCAUCUAUCGCCCUAGCUUCAUCCCUGGCAGCGACCGCCACUGCGGCCCAGCUGCCAGUGCGCACCGUCUUCCAAUUCGCCUCCAACGACACCUGGCUCGAGAACCUGGCCACCCGCUCCAACGGCGUUGUCCUAGCCACGGAGAUCGGCCCUCCCGCGAGCCUGCUAGCGGUCAAUCCCCAGACGAACCCCCCUCAGAAAAAGGUGAUCCACACCUUCGACUCCGUGCUGGGUCUGUCGGGGAUCGCCGAGGGCGCCCACGACGUCUUCUACGUGGCCGGCGCCAACACGACCUCCGACAACAUCAGCGACCCGCCCAAGAACGCCACGCACGUGUGGAAGGUCGACUUCACCCAGAACAGCAACAACCCCACGAUCUCGCUGCUGUGCCGCCCCACCGCGCCCACGGGCUUCAACGGCCUGGCCGCCUUCAACGAGACCAUCCUCCUGGCAACCGCCAGCUACCAGGACGCCAUCUUCGCCAUCGACACGACGACAGGCGCCAUCUGGGAGGCCAUCUCCCAGGAGUCGCUGAUGUCGUCCAUCAACGGCAUCAAGGUCGCGGAGGACUUUGUGUACUGGACGGCUGGCGGGGCCCUGUACCGCGCGGAGCUGUUCGCCAACGUCACGGCUGGAACCGGCCAAUUGAUCUACCAAGGGAGUCAGUUUGAUGACUUCGCCAUCGCGCCCGCUGGGUUCGCGCUCAAUGCUACCUAUGGCAGUGGAUAUCGGUUUGCUUACCUGGCCGCUGCGACGGAGAAUACCAUUCAGCAGGUGAUUUUUACGAAGGACGGGGUGGCCGUGGGCAGUGAGAUUAUCGCGGGGGCUGAGGACUCGACGGAGGUCGCGGAGCCGACGGGGGUGUUCUUUGGGCGUGGAGCGGGAGAGGAGAACGUCAUCUUCGUUACGACGGGCGGUGCUAGCGCUGUUAAUGUGGACGUAGAUGGUGUGGAGACGGCUGUUGGGGCUCAGCUGCUUGAAAUUCGGCUGAAAUGA